AUGCCGGACAAGGGGGAGAGGGCUCAUGGCCACCACCACCACCAGCAGCAGCAGCACCGGAAGAACCAGCAGUCGGCGACAGGUGCUGACCUGGAGGAGGGGGAGCUGCUCAAUGGGGAUGCCGAGACCAAUGGGUUGCCUGAGAGGAGCAUGCCACCUAAGAAGUGGAGGAAGGUGCUGGCAGCCUCCGCAGCUGCUGUGGAGGUGGAGCCUGGGGAGAUUGUGAGUACGAAGCAAGCAGUGCCAUUGAAGAAGGCGAGGAGAAACGGGGAGGUUGAGAAGGUAGAGCUGCCGCCGGAGAGGCAGAGGAAGGAAAAGUCUUCUGGGAAGAGCACCAGGAAGCAUAUCAAGGAUGAAGUGGAGCCAGGGGAGAUUGCGCCGCCUGAAAAAAGGCGGGAUGCCAAGUCCCAACAGGCCGAUGAUAACGGCAGGAGGCGAAGUUCAACUGCCCAGAAAGGCUCCUUGCGGGAUUCUGAUGAAGAGCCUGGUGAAAUUAAGCCAGAGAGCAGCAUCAGUGGCAGUGCAAGGAAGAACCGGCCGACAGAGCCUCAGAGCAUUAACCACAAGCACCACGCUGACACCUCUGAUCAGUCAGGAUCAAAAAGUCGCAGGAAGGGAGAAGGGAAGAGUUUAUCUGCUGCCAGACAUUUGUCUGGGAGAAAUCGUGAGGUCUCGCCACCAACGCGGGAUCGGCGUGAUAGGCACGAGAGGAGCCCAGGCAUCUUGGGCCGUUUUCCUCAUGAUCGCUUUCGUCAUGACAGGUAUGAUAGGAGCCCGAGCCGCUUGGAGCGCUCCCCACAUCGAGAGCGUGCUCGCCACUACGAUAGCAGAGACCGCAGUCCAUAUAUUUCACCUCGACAUAGAGCUCGUCAGCCCCAUUUGAGGGAUAACACACCAAGUCGUGUUGAUAAUUCCCCUCGUGGGAGGGUCCAGCAUGAGGAUGUCAGAGACCAUAACCCAUUUCGUCAUGACAGAUCACCUUCUGAACGUUGUCGGCCUACUGACACUCAUGAAUCAAGCAAGAAGAGCAGAAGUGGCAACAGCUCAGAAAAGUCACAGCACAAAAGUAAAUCAGCGAAGCAAUCUUCUAAGACCAAGAGUGGUAGCAAUGGGAAGAAUGAGGAGAAAAUCUCCAAAGAAAAGCCCACUGAAAGCAGUCAGCACACUGAACUGCCACCGCCACCUCCACUACCACCGCCACCACCUCCGCCUCCGCCUCCGCCACCUCGGCCUCUUCCACCUGCUGUACCGCCUCCCCUGCCUCCACCACCAGAACCUGAGCCAACUGGAGUUCUAGCUGAAGAUAUGAUAGAAGACAUGGAUAUCUGUGACACCCCACCUCACACUAGUGCAGCACCUGAACCCACUGAACCAAUUUGUGAUAUAGGGAGGUGGAUUUACCUUGAUCACUUCGGUAUCGAGCAAGGACCUUCCAAGCUUGCUGAGUUGAAGAAGCUGGUGGAAGAUGGAUAUCUUCUUUCUGACCAUCUGAUAAAACAUGCUGAUAGCAACCGAUGGGUGACUGUAGAGAAUGCAGCUUCACCACUGGUGCCAUCUGAUUUCCCCUCUUUAUAUUCGGACACUUCAACACAGAUGGUUAACCCACCAGAAGCCCCAGGAAAUUUGCUCGAUGAAGCUCUAGAGGAGGCUUCUAACUUGGCAUCAGGUGCUGAGGAUAAACAAAUGGAGGAAGCUUCUGCUGAAGAUAGUGAAGAAUUCUACAUUGAUGAUAGGGUUGAAGCACUUAUGGAUGGAUCAAUUUUGGUGCAUGGCCAGGAGCUCGAGAUCAUUGGAGAGCUUUUAGGUGCAGAUUUUCAGCCUGCUGAUUGGCAAAGAUGGAGUCGCCCUGAAGAUUUUGCUAGGUUCCAUGUGCAUACUGAAGGAGAUGAUGGAAUCAAUGGAGGCACAGAAUUCUUAGAAAAUAGAGCAACGGAUGCUUAUGGCCUUGUUUCUGUGGAGAAGAACAACUUUCAUCAUUAUGCUGAGUCUAGCGAAUGGUUUUCUGGGAGAUGGUCUUGCAAAGGUGGUGACUGGAGGAGAAAUGACGAAUUGAGCCAAGAUACUCCAUUCAGGAAAAAACUUGUUCUCAAUGAAGGGUAUCCUCUGUGUCAAAUGCCAAAAGGUAGCUAUGAGGAUCCACGCCGGCCCUGCAAGGAUGAGUUGUACUACCCUAUAUGUACUAAAAAGCAUGACCUGCCAAUGUGGGCAUUCUCAUCGACAGAAGAAGAUACUGACAGUGUUAAUGACACCACUAAAGGCGGUGUUGUGCCUGGGAGGCCAGGUCAGACCAGACAGCCUCCUAGGGGAGUGAAGGGCAUGAUGCUUCCAGUGGUUAGGAUAAAUUCUCGUGUUGUUAAAGAUCAAUCAUCUGUUGAACCCCGUACAAAACCCAGAGGAACUGAUCGACCACUGUCGAGAUCUUCACGCUCCCAUUCAAUUGGGGCUGAGAGAAGUUCUGUCCAUGAAGGUUCGUCGCAUUUCAGGAAGCACCAUGACCAUGAUUCACAAAGUUUGCACAAGUCCAAGUCUGUUCCAAACAUUCCAAAGGACCGUGUAUGCACUGUUGAUGAGCUGUCAGUUAAUCGGGGUGACUGGUACUACCUUGAUGGCACUGGGCAUGAGCAUGGCCCAUUUUCUUAUUCCGAAUUGCAAGAAUUAGUUAAAAAGGGCACUAUCAUUGAACAAAGUAGUGUAUUCCGUAAGAUUGAUAACACAUGGUUUCCAGUUCGUAAGGAUUUAAAACCUGGAAGCUCUGUUCCCAGUGCAGCACAAAACUCAAAUUCUACUGCUGCUCUUAUGCACCCAGACCAAUAUAAUUUUGGUGUGAACCAAGGAUCAGGUAGCUUCCAUGAGUUGCACCCCCAGUUCGUGGGUUAUACACGUGGUAAAUUACAUGAACUAGUCAUGAAAUAUUUCAAGAGCAGGGAACUUACUUUAGCUAUAAAUGAGGUCUUGGAUCCAUGGAUUUCAGCAAAGCAACCAAAAAAAGAGUUUGAAGCAUACUUUUCUCACACUUCAGCAUCUAGGAAUUUCCUGCCAGAAGAUGGUGGGUCCGCAAAAAGGGCAAAGUUGCUACCUGACCGGAGUGAUGAAGAUAUUCAUUUGUCAGAAGACAUUCUUGCCAGUCGGAAGGAGGACAUCUGUUUUGAAGAGUUAUGUGAUGGAGCAUCUUCUGUUGAUAAUGAUUCUGUGAAUCCCAGAGCAGGAAAUGAAAGCUGGGGUCUACUAAACGGCCAUGUGUUAGCAAGAAUCUUCCAUUUUAUGAGGGCAGAUGUGAAAUCACUUAUUUCUUCUGCAGCUACCUGUAGGAGCUGGAAUGCUGCCGCGAAGUAUUACAGGAACAUGUGUAGAUUCAUUGAUCUGUCUUCUGUUGGCCCUCUUUGCACUGAUUCUGUGUUUUGUGAUAUUAUGGCUGGUUAUGAGAAGCAAAAUAUUAGGACUCUUAUUUUAACUGGUUGUUCGAAUCUUAGUUCACAUGCCCUUGGCAGAGUACUUGAGCAGCUUCCACAAAUAUCUUAUGUUCACAUUCAAGGCUGCGGUCACCUAGGGGAUCUGAAAAAUAAAUUUCAGCAUGUAAAAUGGAUCAGGAGCUCAUUGAAUCCAGAGUCAUAUCGGAAAAUGAAAACCUUGAAGCAGAUAGGUGAUGGGAACAACUACGCAUCCAAAGUUGCUAGGAACUUCACCAAUCAGCUGGAUGGUUCUGAUGAGCUUGAUGGUUAUUUUGCUGAUAUUUCAAAUAGAGAGAAUGCUAACCUUUCAUUUGGCCAAGGUUUCUAUAAAAGAUCAAAAUUGCUUGAUGCUAGAAAGUCCUCUGCAGUUUUGUCGAGGGAUGCAGAAAUGAGGCGUUUGAUGCAGAGACAGGCAGAGAACAGUUACAGGAAGAUGGAAGAGUUUGUCAUAAACAGAUUGAGAGAAAUUAUUAGGAAUAACAAAUUUGAUUUUUUCAUUCCAAAGGUUUCCAAGAUCGAAGGUAGGUUGAAAAAUGGGUAUUAUGCUCGCCAUGGCUUUCGUACCAUCAAGCAUGACAUCCGUACCAUGUGCCAAGAUGCAUUGAGAUAUAAAGAUGGCAAUGAUUCAGGAGAUAUAAAGCAAAUUGUUGUCUCCUUCAUACAGCUAGCAAAGAGACUAGGGAACCCAAGGUACAUUUCUGAGAGAAAUGGAGCAGCAGCCCAGGACAGCCUGGACAUUAGUCAAUACUCAUUUGAUGCUAAACUAAAAAAGAAGCAAAACAAAACAAGAGGAGCAAAUUCGGUGGCUGCUGGAGCAGAUAAUAAUUCAUCUCGUGCAUUUGACCUUGAAAUCAAAAGAAGCCUGUCUAAAUUAAAGAAAAAGGAUGUCUACUCUGGUAGUGAAACAUCUGAUAAUGAUGAUGGCUACUCUGAAGGUGAUGAAACUGAGAGUGAAACUACUGUUUCUGAUACUGAGAGUGACCUUGAUGUAAAUUCUGGAGCUUGGGAUUUAAAAGGAAAUGGUCUAAAGUUAAUUGAACCUGGGGAACCUGUGACUGAUGAUCAUAUAUUGGGUGCCCGCAUGACAAAGGCCAGCCUUGUUCCUCCAGUUACUAGGAAGUAUGAAGUUAUUGAGGAGUACCUUAUUGUAGCAGAUGUGGAGGAAGUACAACGAAAAAUGAGAGUUGCUUUACCUGAUGACUAUUCUGAGAAGUUGCUGUCGCAGAAGAAUGGCACCGAAAACUUGGAGCUUCCAGAGGUUAAGGAUUAUCAACCCCGAAAAGUAGCAGGAGAUGAAAUUCUUGAGCAAGAAGUAUAUGGCAUAGAUCCAUACACACACAAUCUACUGAGUGACAUUAUGCCUGCUGAUCUUGAGUUGUCACCUACCGACAAGCAUAUCUUUAUUGAGGAGUUGCUUCUGAAUACAUUGAAUAAGCAAGUUAGGCAUUUCACUGGUUCGGGAAAUACCCCUAUGACUUACAGCCUUAGGCCUGUCAUUGAAGAAAUCCAAAGAUCUGCGGAGGAUAGUGGUGACAGGCGAACUUCAAAGAUGUGCUUGGGGAUGCUGAAGGCCAUGAGAAAUCGCUCUGAUCAGAACUUUGUUGCUUAUAGAAAGGGUCUUGGUGUUGUUUGCAACAAAAAAGGUGGAUUUGGUGUAGAUGACUUUGUUGUCGAGUUCUUUGGGGAGGUUUACCCUUCUUGGAGAUGGUAUGAAAAGCAAGAUGGUAUUAAACAUAUCCAAAACAACAGCGAAGAUCAAGCUCCUGAGUUUUACAACAUUAUGUUAGAAAGGCCAAAGGGAGACCGAGAUGGAUAUGACUUGGUUUUUGUUGAUGCGAUGCACAAGGCCAACUACGCGAGUAGAAUCUGCCACUCCUGCAACCCUAACUGCGAAGCAAAAGUGACAGCAGUGGAUGGUAAAUACCAGAUUGGAGUUUACACACUUCGACCAAUUGUAGAAGGCGAGGAAAUCACUUUUGAUUACAAUUCAGUAACUGAGAGCAAAGAAGAACAUGAAGCGUCAGUCUGCCUCUGUGGAAGUCAAGUGUGCCGGGGCAGCUAUUUGAAUUUUUCUGGCGAAGGAGCCUUUGAGAAGGUAUUAAUGGAAUUCCAUGGUGUGCUCGAUAGGCAUAGCCUGCUGCUACAGGCUUGUGAAACAGACUCUGUCUCUCAACAAGACUUAAUUGACUUGGGUAGAGCUGGUCUUGGUACCUGUUUGCUUGCUGGUUUGCCGGGAUGGCUUGUUGCUUACACGGCUCACCUGGUGCGGUUUAUAUACCUUGAGAGACAGAAACUCCCUGAUGAGAUCUUAAGGCACAAUGUGGAUGAGAAGCGCCAGUUCCUUAUAGAUAUAAACAUGGAUUCUGAGAAGAAUGAUGCUGAGGUUCAGGCAGAGGGAGUAUUAAAUUCAAGAUUACAGCAAAUAGUGCAUACACUUGACAAGGUGAGAUAUGUUAUGAGAUGCAUAUUUGGAGACCCAAAUAAUGCUCCUCCUCCCCUGGUAAGGUUGUCUGGGAAAGGUCUGGUAUCUGCCAUCUGGAAAGGGGACAGUUCGAUAGUUGCUGAACUCCUUCAGUCGAUGGAACCUCAUGUUGAAGAAGAGGUACUUAGUGAUCUGAAGGCCAAAAUCCGUGCUCAUGAUCCAUCAGACACUGAAGAUUUUGAGGGAGGCAUCAGGAAUUCUCUCUUGUGGUUGCGUGAUGAAUUGCGAACUCUUCCAUGCACUUACAAGUGUCGUCAUGAUGCUGCUGCAGAUUUGAUUCAUUUGUAUGCUUAUACAAAGUGCUUCUUCCGAGUCCGGGAUUAUAAGACAGUAAAAUCUCCACCAGUUCAUAUCAGUCCGCUUGACUUAGGCCCCAAAUAUGCUGAUAAACUUGGACCAGGCUUUCAGGAGUACAGCAAGACAUACCCAGAAAAUUAUUGCUUAGCCCAGCUUAUCUAUUGGUAUAGCCAGAAUUCAGAACCUGAAUCUAGAUUGACAAGAGCUAGAAAAGGUUGCAUGUCAUUGCCAGAUGUAUCGUCCUUCUAUGUGAAGUCUGCAAAGCCAUCACAAGAGCGAGUUUAUGGGAACAGAACUGUGAGAUUCAUGUUAUCGCGCAUGGAAAAGCAGACACAGAGACCAUGGCCAAAGGAUAGGAUAUGGGUGUUCAAGAGUGAUCCAAGAUUCUUUGGUAGUCCAAUGAUGGAUGCCGUGUUGAAUAAUUCCCCGCUUGACAAGGAGAUGGUGGUGAUGGAAUUUGCGCCCACUUUGUGUUGUGCAAGUGAAAUUGCAAACAGAAAGCUACAAGGUGUAGAAGAAAUUGUAGAUGACGGGUGCAUUCAGUUCCAGCAGGGAUUUGGUUUGGAGUUUCAGAUUUCAGGGGAGGUUUCCAUGCUCAGCGGCGUUAGGAGUAGGGGCGUGCGGUGGUGGUUUGGGAGCGUGCCUCCUAUGCCAGAUUGGCUGAUCCCGUCGGGAACACAGGGGUCUCAGCCAUGUUACUCCCACAGUGAGGGUAACUCGAAUAACUGCGAGUGCUACUUGCAUGUGCUAGCUGGCAAUAUGAAUGAAAACGGUGGCAUUAUUGACCUGAGUUCGGAUAGUGAUGAUGACUCAAUUUUCGGUGAUGACCACCAGCCAGCAUCUGCAAUCACAAGGUUUGAUCAAAAUGAAGGACGUAUAAUCAAUUUUGAGGAUGAAGAUUGGCAGAGGAGCGCUCCUGCUCCGUCGUCGGUUAGGCCUACUGAGAACAACAAUGGUCAAUACAGGAUUCUUCCAGCAUCCGUUACAAAUGGUAGAAAUGCUGAGAGUAGUCGUUAUACAGUUGGUUCAGGGGACAGGAUUCGUCCCUAUCCAAGUUCUCACAUGGCUAUGCGACAGGGCCUUUCUACCUCCAGUAGAAUUGAUAGCAGUUCUACAGCAGAUGCAAAUGACAAUAACAAGAGUGUCCUUCCACCAUCCUUUUCAAAUGGCAACGCAUCGAAAUCUAUGCAUCCAAUUGCUGCUAGUGAGACACGCAAGCUCCCACCGCAUUUUUCCACUAAAAGGUCACCAAAUGUCGGUGAAAACAGAAUGGGGACAAAUAUUGCCAAUGGAAAUUUACAAUCUUCAUCUUCAAUAAUUGCAAGAGGAAGUUCUAGCACACUUAAUACCCAGAAAGUGGAUGAUGAUGAUGAUGUUGUUGUAUAUGGAGGUUCUACCUCACAUAGGGUACUACCUCCAAUGGUUGGAGCAACCAGUUCUAAUAACAGUGAAGUUGCUAAUGGCUUUGAGACACGCAAUCGCCUUAAUCCUGAAAAUAGGGUCUUAGAUCAUGAUGAGAGAGCAGUAUAUCAAGAAGCCCUGCAGAAUAUCAGUCGUGAAAAAAGGGAAGAUGAUCUGCCCGAGGGUGUGCUAGCAGUACCUCUACUUAAGCAUCAGAAAAUGGCGUUGGCUUGGAUGGUUUCAAAGGAGAAUAGCUCACACUGUGCAGGCGGAAUUCUUGCUGAUGAUCAGGGCCUUGGGAAGACAGUGUCUACUAUUGCCCUUAUACAAAAACAGAGGAAUGAACAGUCGAAAUUUAUGUCUGUUGAUUCAGAUCGUUUGAAAUCUGAAGCACUAAACCUUGAUGAAGAUGAUGAGGGAGAACAAACUGUCAGCAAUGAACCUAACAAGGACCAAGGCGCUAGUUCAUCAUCAACAGCUACUGGUACUAGUGCUGAACUUUGUGUUAAUCAACCGAAUAAUGUUCUGAAUAAAAUGGUUGAAACCAAAGCGGAACGCAAGAAAAAAUCUAAAGCUUCCACAUCAUCUGCAUCCACCUCACGUUCCAUGACAAGGCCAGCUGCAGGUACUCUAGUAGUGUGCCCUGCUAGUGUUCUUAAGCAGUGGGCUAACGAAUUGACUGACAAGGUUAGUGAAAGUGCUAAAUUAUCUGUUUUAGUCUACCAUGGUGGUGCAAGGACCAAAGAUCCAAGUGAGCUAGCAAAAUAUGAUGUAGUUGUCACUACAUAUACAAUUGUGGCCAAUGAAGUACCUAAACAGAUGGCUGACGAUGAUGCAGAUCAAAAGAACAGUGAAGAACCCUCUGCUGACAAUAAAAGAAAGCCACCAGCAAAUAUGCAAAACAAAGCUAAGAAAAAAAAGAAACUUAAGGACUCAAACUUUGACCUUGACAGUGGUCCAAUUGCAAGAGUGCGGUGGUUUAGGGUUGUGCUUGAUGAAGCUCAGACAAUAAAGAACUUCCGAACUGUAGUGGCCAGAGCCUGUUGUGGGCUAAGAGCAAAACGAAGAUGGUGCUUAUCAGGAACACCUAUACAAAAUGCAAUUGAUGAGCUGUACAGCUAUUUCCGUUUCUUGAAAUAUGAUCCGUAUUCCACGUAUAACUCAUUUUGCACAAUGAUUAAGCACCCAAUUGCUAGAGAUGCAGUUCAUGGAUACAAGAAACUUCAGGCUGUGCUGAGGGUAGUUCUCCUGCGUCGUACAAAAGAAACUCUUAUUAAUGGCAAACCAAUAAUAAAUUUACCUCCGAAGACAAUUAAUCUGAAUAAAGUAGAUUUCACACAAGAGGAGCGGUCGUUUUAUUUGAUGCUGGAGGAACGCUCUCGGCAACAAUUCAAGGCAUUUGCUGCGGCUGGGACACUCAAACAAAACUAUGCCAACAUCCUUUUAAUGUUGCUGCGACUUCGGCAAGCCUGUGAUCAUCCUAUUCUUGUGAAGGGCAAUCAGUCAGAAUAUGGAGGUGAUGGUUCUAUAGAAAUGGCAAAGAAACUUCCUAAGAAUGUGGUGAUAGAUUUGCUUGCAAAACUGGAAGUGGGGUCAGCCUGUAGCUUAUGCGAUGACACACCUGAGGAUUCUAUUGUGACAAUUUGUGGUCAUGUUUUCUGCUAUCAAUGUAUACAUGAACGAAUAACGACUGAUGAGACUAUGUGCCCUGCCCCUAAUUGCAGUAGAACAUUAGGUUUUGAGUUGUUAUUUUCGUCAGGAGCUUUAAAGAUUUGCAUCUCUGGCGAAUCCAGUUCUGCAGGAGCUAGUUCAUCUGCAGAUAAUGAGUCAUCUUCAAUCAGUCAAAUCAGCUUUGUCUCAUCCAAGAUACAAGCAGCCAUUGAUAUACUGAAUAAAAUCAUUAACAUGAAUGCCCUUACUGAAAGUGAUACAAUGGAAUCAAACCGAAGUGGAGUAGCCCCUGUGAAAGCCAUUGUCUUUUCUCAGUGGACUGGCAUGCUGGAUUUGCUGGAGCUUUCACUGAAUAACAAUCUUAUACAGUACAGGAGACUAGAUGGAACGAUGUCUCUCAAUUUAAGAGAUAAAGCCGUGAAGGAUUUUAACACUGACCCAGAGGUUAGAGUUAUGAUUAUGUCACUGAAAGCUGGUAAUCUUGGUCUCAACAUGGUUGCUGCUUGCCAUGUAAUUCUCCUUGAUCUCUGGUGGAACCCUUAUGCUGAGGAACAGGCAGUUGAUAGGGCACACAGGAUUGGGCAGACUAGGCCUGUUACUGUAUCUCGCUUGACCGUUAAAGAUACUGUGGAAGAUCGUAUUUUAGCUCUGCAGGAGGAAAAGAGAACCAUGGUGAACUCUGCUUUCGGUGAAGACAAAUCCGGUGGCCAUGCGGUCAGGCUCACCGUGGAAGACCUACGGUACCUAUUUAGGAUAUGA